UGAAAACUAUCUGCCAACAAGUGUGAUUUUGCACAAUCCAACGAUAAUUUGUUUAUCUGGCUCUUUAAAAAGAAAAAAGAGAAAGAAGAGGGAGAACCAGAGUAACCCUUUGGACCCGCCCUUUUUCUCACAUCAUGAGACAGUGGUGGGCGUGGCCUUUUUCAGAAAGGGGAGGGGUUGUUUGAGCGCGUUCAGGUUUGUCUGCGUGUACGUGCGUGUCCUCCUCCCUUGGCCGCAUGACAUGAGCUGCCCUACAGUCUUUGCUGCCACUGUUUUUGCCUCCUCCUCCUCCUCCUCCUCUCUUCUUCCUCCUCCUCCUCCUCUUCUUCCUCCUCUUGCCUCAGUCAGUCUGUCCAGCCUGGGAAUGUUGACCGACGUGGCCUGAUCCAGCGCCGGCCAGUGUCCUUCGUCUUCGGACAGUCAGUGUUUUUUGUCCGCCUGCCUGCCCCGAACGGCUCCGUUUCUAAACUAAAGGCUCUGAACUGUCCAUUGGAUUCUGAAACUGAUCCAACCAGACAAAUUGCCCAAAAGUUCUGAGGAACGCUAAACAUGGCUGUGGCCAGAUGUCCAGAUUAUUUCCUGCAUCAUCCAAAUUAUCAGCAGGACAAUAUAGACCGGUCCUCCAGCCACAGACAGGCUGAUCUCAUUCGUCCAAGCUUCCAGCAGUCGGCCGACCAGAGUUCUCCAAGCCAUCAAGAGGAUGACGUGGACUUGGAGGCCCUGGUGAAUGAUAUGAACUCCUCCCUGGAGAGCCUGUACUCCUCCUGCAGCGGUCCGCAGACAGAGUCGACUCCGCUCCUACAUAAUGGACAGUCCUCUUCCUCACACCACCAUCAUCACCAUCAUCAUAUCCAACACAACCAGGCACGGCAGCUUCAGCAGCCACAGGUGUUAAGCCACACUUCCCCAGAGUUGCCUUCCUCCUCCUCACUGUCAGCAGAUCUGCCCAGGACCAGCCUCAGAAGGUCACAGCCCAUGCACAUCCUCGCUGUCAGGAGGCUACAAGAGGAGGAGCUGCAGCUCAGAACGUCGUCUCUCCCAGCCAUCCCAAACCCCUUCCCGGAGCUGUGCAGUCCUGCAAGCUCACCUGUUCUCAGCCCUGGGUCACUGCCCCCUGGAGACCCCACUACAGGCAAACAUAUUGUGAAGAUCUUCAGCGAGGAUGGCGUUGGUAAAGUCGUCGAGAUCCCAGCUGACAUGAUGGCCAGGGACCUGUGCCAGCUCCUGGUGUAUAAAAGCCAUUGUUUGGAUGACAACAGUUGGGUGCUUGUUGAACACCACCCACUACUGGGGCUAGAGCGCUGUCUAGAGGACCAUGAGUUGGUGGUUCAAGUCCAGGCCUCCAUGAACAGUGACGGUAGAUUCCUCUUCAGGAAGAACUAUGCCAAAUAUGAAUUCUUCAGAAACCCCUUGACGUUUUUCCCAGAGCACAUGGUAGCGUGGUGCCAGGAAACCAAUCAUACAAUUCCACCAUCUCAGCUACUUCAGAACUUCCUUUCAACCAACACCUGUCCAGAAAUACAGGGUUAUCUUUACAUCAAGGAGGUGGGUCGGAAGUCGUGGAAGAAAGUUUACAUGUUCCUGCGCCGCUCAGGACUCUACUGCUCUACAAAAGGAGCCUCAAAGGAACCCAGGCAUUUGCAGUUACUAGCAGACCUGGAGGACAGCAACAUCUUCACUGUUAUCACAGGCAAAAAGCAGCAUAGUGCGCCCACAGACUUUGAGUUCUGCAUCAAACCUAAUAAAUCCAGAGGGGAAAUGAAGGAGCUGAGGAUGCUGUGUGCAGAGGAUGAACAGAGCCGGACCUGCUGGAUGACUGGUUUCAGACUCUUUAAGUAUGGGAUUAUUUUGUAUCAGAACUAUAAAUUGCCUCAACAAAGGAAACCCCUGCUUUCACCCUUCUCAGCUCCUGUGAGGAGUGUAUCGGAGAACUCCCUUGUGGCCAUGGAUUUCUCUGGGAGGAUAGGGAGGGUGAUUGACAACCCAGUUGAAGCUCAGUGUGCUGCCAUGGAGGAAGGUCACACGUGGAGGAGGACUCAGCGAAUGAACGUUAUUGGCUCCCAAAGUCCGUUGCACCACUCUACAUUAAAUUCAGUCAUCCACAUUGCUCAGCUUUGGUACUAUGGCAGGAUAACCAGAGAAGAGUCCCAUCGAAUUAUUCACCAGCAGGGACAAGUGGACGGGCUGUUCCUGGUUCGAGUCAGCCAGAGUAACCCCAAGGCGUUUGUGCUCACAUUGUGCCAUCAUAAGAAAAUAAAACAUUUCCAGAUACUACCAUGUGAAGAGGAUGGCCAGGUCUUCUUCAGCCUUGAUGACGGUGUAACAAAGUUCACCGACCUGAUUCAGUUGGUGGAGUUCUACCAGCUAAACAGAGGAGUUUUGCCUUGUAAACUCAAACACCCGUGCACCGUGGUGGCCUUAUGACACCUUCAGUUCAUCUGACUCCAUAACCCCCUUGACACUUGAUCUAACUCUGCCUAAAUCAAACACAACAAGGAGAACCCCUUGGGUCGGUGGGUUCCUCUUGUUCGAUUUUUUUCUUUGUGUGUGUGUUUUUAGAAGCUGGUGAAUUUGACUGGUCUACUUUUUCUAUUUUUGUCGUGCGUCUGCUGGAGACUGCUUGGAAUUUUGGUGCUUUUGCAUGGAGCUUUUUUUGAGGAGACAGAUGCACAAACUUGCUCAUGAGGUUUACUCCCCCAAGAAAGAGAAAGCUUAAGGAAAUGAGCACUGCCAUUUGUGUCGACACUGCUGCGAAAUGUCUUACUUUUUCUUUUUUUUUUUGCCACCAGUGUGCAUCAGCAAGCAUGAGAGUACAGACUAGACAAUCAGCGAGCCGAGCUGUCACAUCUGUACCAGACCAAUCCCUACCAGUGUCAUUCAAACGUCUCAUUGACUUGAUUUAGACUCCAAGAUCACAUUUCACUGUAAAUGUUUUAGUCUCUUGUCAUUGACUUUUCUGAAGUGGGUGCAGCCUUUGAUAUUGCAUGACGUCUCAACUUUUACUUGACAGCUACAAUGUGCUUCUGCCCUCUAGUGUCAAAGUCUUGCAUUGACAUGUCCGAUUUCAACCCAUUCGAAGGCACCAGCAGGUUUUAUUUAAAUCUGUGUCAGGAUUGAAAAGCUUCAUAUUUUGAGGACAUUCAUCUGUUUUUGCAAGAUAAUUUUUUUUUUGCUGUUGAACCUUUUAGAGAUGUGUCUUCUCAUUUAUUUUUGUAUGUUUGUUCUUUAAUAAUUUGCAGCUUCUGUCUUCUGUUUCAAAUUCUAAAUGUCUGCACCAUGUCUGGGUAUUUGCAGCAUUUAAUUUUUUUAAAUAAGCUACAUCAGAAUCGUGAUGGUUGUUUUGAUCGUCACUCGAUGUUUUUAUAGUCUUGAAACCGCCGCAGGAACAUGCAUCGAAUCAAUGUGUCAAAUGUGGAGCUAUAAAUGUAAGGCAGAGAUCGUUUGAAAGCUGAAAAGAAUUUCAAAUCCAGUAGAGAAAAUAUUUAUAUUUUUCCUUUUUUUGUGUAGUUUAUUUAUUUAAUUUUUUGUUUCUCUGUUGCAGCUAAAUGGAGAGAUUUUAUUAGUGGAAUUUCAGUGCAGGCAAUGCUUAUCGUCGCAUCAAACCCAUUCAAUCGGAAAAUAAAAAAGCAGAUCCUUUUGAAGGUUUUAACUUAAAAGUGUCUCAAAAUUCCAAACCAGUUGGUUUUGAUGAGUGUCUCUACAAAUGCUGUGGGGAACAUUGGCCCUGUUCUUUGACCCUCUCCUCCUCAUACAUGUUGCACACGUUACUCAGCCAGUGACAAGCUGUCAAAAAUGGAUUAGAAUGUUCUAAAUAUAUACCAGAGCCCUCUUUUUAGCCCUCCGCUAGCUUUCGGUAGUCGGGAUUACGUAUGCCGAAAGAAAUAUUAUUGAGAUUUUAGCAUUUCAGAUUUAUUAUAUGCCCUUUAAGUGCUAAAAGAAAUCACCUGGGUCCACAUCAUUGAUAGUAACAAUCUUGAGCUCCCAGACGUCAUAUUUGACACAUUUCUGCUUCCGUUCACAGCAGAAAAGCGACAGCUAACAUGUUCCAGGAGGUUGACGUCUUUUUCCGAUAAAUACAUGCUACGUCAAUAAGGAAAAAACAAUUUUUUAUGAUUAUUAUGUAAAGAUUUCUGGAGAAAAUAUAUCCUGUAAAACCAUUUUUACCCCAAUUUUACGAAAAUGAACUUUUUUCUUAAACGUGUUUGUCAAGGUAGAUAGUCCAACUGAAAAAUCCUUAUUGUGUAUCCGCAACACUCAAAUUUUAUUUACAAAUCGUGCUUCAAAAAGAUAGAAAUGUUGUGUUCAAAGUUGGGUGUGCAGAAAAGCAGCAAUAAAUUUACAUUCUGUGCAAAGUUCCCAUUAUUUAUCUAAGAUGAUGCAUUGAUGUAUUUUUUUUUUUUUUUUUUUUUUUGCUUCUAUUGUUGCAGCAGGUUGUAUUUAUUUAUCUGGGACGUUUCUGAUAACUUGAAAUUUUGAGAUUUAGCAGCGCUGUUUUUUUUUUCUCUUACCAUAAAAUCAUUAUUCACUAUUGUAAUUGUAAUGUCAUAGCUUAUAUUGACCUUAUUUUUUUGGUUUUGUUAUAAUGAUUUGAUCUGAAGUGGUGUUUAAAGCACACUGACACCAGUCGUGUUACGUUUGUCAUUCCAAGAGAUGACGAGUGGAAUGUUGUACAUUUGAAAGAAAAAAAACAGGGUUUUACAAAACAAAAAUGUUUCUAAAUAGAGUUUUCAACCCCUUUAAUCAGUCUUUUCUUUUCGCCCUGCUUUGCUGAAAAUGUUAUCAUAAAUGACCACCAGGUGUCGCACUGCAGCAACAGAAUGUUGCUCUGAAUUCAACUGAUCCAAAAUCUUGACUAAUGAGGAGAGAAUGGCUCAAAGAUUUCACUUUCUGAGUAAAAAUGAGCUUUACCUGGAGUCGGAUUGUGUUCCUAAAAUUUCGACUGUUAGAGAAAAAGUGAAAACUAAUCAUUAAAACCAGCAUCUAACAUUUAAAUACCACCUGCCAUUUCAACCUGCUUCUUUUUAGAGGUUUCUUUUAAAACUUGUAAUGAAAUGAGAUGGCAGGCUUGCGUGCUGAAAAAAACGUUAUGUUCUUUCUUUUAUCAUUUGUCUUUUGUUGAUUUUUAAAAGAAAAAAUAUAGAAAGAAAAGAUGAUCAAUAAAGCUACAAGAGGUAAACAUUUUUCAAACUUUUCUUUUAUGAAUUUGCGUGUACAAAAGAAAUGUAAAGACGUAGAUGUAGAACAAACAGAAGUGAAAACAAUGAAAUUUAACCGCCUCUGCAGAUGCUGCAAACAAAAAUCAGCCCUUCGUGUUAAAUCAAACUUAAAACUAACAUUUAAGAAACAUAAAAAGAUAUUAGUGGAUCAUAUAUUUUUAAAUGUUUUAGUGAAAUGAUCAGACAUGUUGUCCACUGAGAUGCAGUCUGACCUGCGGAUCUCAAACGAGUUCUUGAAAUUACGGCGAUUUUAAAUUUCGCUGAUGUUUGUCAGGUCUGUUAAGGUAGCUCUCACAUUUGGGUCAAAGCUGUGGAGAGGUCUGUCUGUACAUCGUGCGAGGGGAGUAAUCCGGUAGUGAGCACAUUGACAAAAGUAAUAUAAGAUUGUUUGGUAAUUUAGCCCUAACGACAUUUUGUGCACCUCAGAAGUAAGAAUAAGCGUUAUUAGACAUUGCUAGUCGGACGGAACAAACUUUUUUUUAACUUUUUGUGGGUUUAAUUAGAUGGAACUUGUAUUUCAUUUGCACAGCCCGUCUGCUUAAUGAAUACUUGAAAUCAUAUUUGCAGAAGAUAUAUUUGUGGUAGCUCAGGCUGAUUCGAUGACAAAUAGUCAACAAAAAUGAUGCCCUCACAGUAACUUUGACUUUUUGUUUUUGUUUUUUUUGCAUUAGAAAAUCUGAUUUGGUAGAUCUGUUGCUGAAUUACUGACAUGCAUCCCUGAAAUCAGUUGAAGCACAAUGUCAGUUUGGUAGGCGGUUCAUUUGUAACUGCAUUUGGUGCCUCUGAUGACCUCUAUUGUCUGCACGGACACGACCGAACUCACAGACUGGGUGACGUAGCAUUUUCAAUGAAUACUUUAUAAAUGCAGUUGGCGUAUUUUGAACUGCACUUUUCUUUGAAUGAACGCUUGCCUUUUUUGGCUGCAGUUUGAGCGUACAGAAACCUUUGGAGCUCACAGUCAGUUGGCCCUGAUCCUGCAAAGAUGGCUGGUCUCUUAUCUUUUGACUUUUGUGCAUUUAAAAACAAAAACAAAACAAAUGAAAAACAAAAAAAGUCGCAAUGAAAGCUAGAAUGGUUGGACAAUUUCAAAUAUAUCUCAAUAUGAAAACACAUAUUUCAGGGAAUGCAGCAACGGAAAGCAGCAACUUGUCUCUUUUUGUGAGAGAAAGCUCCUGUAUUCAACAUGUGCUUUGCUUCAAUCUGUAAAUAGUUGAAUGGCUUAUAAGUUUUACUUGUAACCUUUUCAGGUAUUUUUGUACAAAUAAGGGACUGAUAUAUUCUGUUUAUUGUUAUUAGAAUAAAUCAUUAAUACCUUGAUAUAUAAAAUAAAAAA